UGGAAGCUCCUGGGCGUCUUCGAGAUCGACGCCGAGCACGAGUUUUACGGGCUGACCUGCCGGCUGCGAGCGGGGCUCGGCGCGGCCGCCCAGGCCGCCAUCGACCACCCGCCGGCGGAGCGUCCCGGCGAAGGCGACUGCGCGGCGGUGCUCAAGCAGCCCCACGAGGGCUUCGAGCUGCGGACGUACGCGGCGCCGGCGUUCGCCCGCCUCCGGCGCUCGCUGGGGCUGCCCGAGGAGGAGUACCAGGCGUCGCUGAGCUCCCGCGGGCCCUACCUCCAGUUCAUCAGCAACUCCAAGAGCUCGGCCGACUUCUUCCUCACGCACGACAAACGCUUCUUCCUGAAGACGCAGAACAAGCGGGAGAUCCGGUUCCUCCUCUCCAACCUGCCCCGGUACCUGCAGCACCUCGAGAGAUACCCCCACUCGCUCCUGGUCCGCUUCCUGGGGGUUCACAGCAUCAUCCUGCCCCGACAGAAGAAGAAAUACUUCAUCAUCAUGCAGAGCGUCUUCUACCCCGACGAGAGGAUCCUGGAACGGUACGACAUCAAGGGCUGCUGGGUGAACCGCUGGGCCGAGCCGGCCCCCGAGGGCAGCCCGGCCGUCGUGGUGCUGAAGGACCGCAACUUCGAGGGCAAAACCAUCGCCCUGGGCGCCCAGCGGCCCUGGCUGCUCCGGCAGCUGGAGCUCGACAGCCGCUUCCUGGAGGAGCUGCGGGUGCUCGACUACAGCCUGCUGCUGGCCCUGCAGCCGCUGCACGCCGACGAGAAGCAGCCGCCCGGGCUCGCCCUGGCCAGCCUCGUCGUCCGCGCCGCCCAGUCCGUGGAGCAGAGCGCGGCGCCGGCGCGGGAGCCGGGCGCCCGCAUCGCCGCCCAGCACCGGCGCCUGCUGCCGGCCAGCAGGAACCCGCUGCACGUGCUGGACGGGCCGCAGCUCCGCUACUUCGUGGGCAUCGUCGACCUCUUCACCGUCUACGGCUGCCGCAAGCGGCUCGAGCACCUCUGGAAGAGCAUCCGCUACCGGGGCCAGUCCUUCUCCACCGUCUGCCCCGCCGAGUACGCCCGGCGGCUCCGCCGCUGGGUGGAAACGCACACGCUGUGAGCGCGCCCGCCGCGAGCUGCCGCAGCAUCGCCCCCGGCCCCGGGCGGGAGCGCCCGCGGCUCGCCCCCAAAGCCUUCGGUUCCCGCGCCCGAGACCGCACCAGCUUUCUCCUAAGAGCCGCACGGGACCGGCACGGGGGGCCUGGCGUGCGUCGAGCGCGCUAGGUCUCAGCCGCAGCACUGGAAACGCUCCUCCGGGCGCUGUCCCGCACCGAGGCCGUCAGCAGCACCCGGCACGCCUGGGAACUGCGCUGCGCCCGAGCGGCCCGCGGGCGUCAUGGCCUAUGGCUGCGCUACCGGGGGGCUCUUCCCCCACCCGCGUCCCGUAGAGCACGCCGCGCCGUGUCCCCGCUUCGUGCCUCAGUUUCCCUGCCCCGUUCCUGGGUGCAGCCGCUGCCCCAGCGCCUCCGUCGUUCCCGUACGCCGUGCCCAUCCUGGGAGCAGGCUCUGCCGGAUGGGAAAGCAGGGACGAGCCGGCACGGAGAAACCGAGCAGCCCCCGCCCCAGCGCAGGUCAUUGCCGGCAGCCGCAAAUGUCCAACCCGAGAGCCGGGACACCCCCGCGCUGGCGCC